GAGACAGGUCCGUUUGCUUCAAUUGAUACUGGCACCAUGACUCGCUUUGGGGGAUUGCUCGUUGCGGCUUCGUGCCUCACUUCGGCUCUUGCUGUCGAUGUCCUUGUGAAAUCAUCGGGAGGCAACGAGACUGGCAAAUUCGGUCACUCUUUCGGAUACGGUUUCCUUCAUGAGGACAUCAACAAUUCCGGUGAUGGUGGAAUCUAUGCAGAGUUGAUCCAGAAUCGUGCUUUCCAGUUCUCGCAGAAAUACCCUGUUUCGACGGCACACUACUUCCCCAUUAACCAUGCAAACUUGAGCAUCCAACAAUUGGACCAGCCGCUAUCCAAGGCACUGCCUGCAUCUAUGCGGGUGUCUGGAGGCAAUGGCACUGGCAAGAUUGGUUUCAAGAACGAAGGAUACUGGGGUAUGGAUGUCAAGCAGCACACGUACACCGGCUCUUUCUGGGUCAAGGGCGCCUACAAUGGAUCCUUCACUGCCUCUCUUGAAUCCAACUUGACCUCCGAUGUUUUUGGAGAGGUCAAAGUGCCAUCAAAGUCCGUUGCGGAUGAGUGGACUGAGCACGAGUUCGAGCUCAUCCCCACCAAGGAUGCACCCAACUCCAACAACACUUUCUCCAUUACCUUCGAUCCAAAGAAUGCGGUCGAUGGCUCGCUGGACUUCAACCUCAUCAGCUUGUUCCCACCGACGUACAAAGGCAGGAAGAACGGUCUUCGUGUUGACCUUGCCGAGGCUCUUGCUGAUAUGAACCCCCAUUUCCUUCGCUUCCCAGGUGGCAACAUGCUUGAGGGUAACACCAAUGCCACAUGGUGGGACUGGAAAGACACGCUCGGCCCUCUAAAGGACCGUCCAGGUUUCGAAGGUGUGUGGAACUACCAGCAGACACACGGUCUUGGUAUGAUGGAGUACUUGGAGUGGGCCGAGGACAUGGAUUUGCAAAUCAUCAUCGGUGUGUGGGCGGGUCUUGCCCUCAACGGAGAUGUCACUCCAGAAUCUGAUCUUCAACCAUUCAUCGACGAUGCUUUGGACGAGAUCGAAUUCGUCGUUGGAUCCGUAGACACACCCUGGGGUAAGCGUCGUGCUGAGCUUGGUCACCCCGAGCCCUUCGAGCUCAACUACGUCGAGAUCGGCAACGAGGACUGGCUCGCUGGGUUCCCCGGAGGUUGGGAGUCGUACCGUGAAUACCGCUUCCACAUGUUCCACGAUGCCAUCAAGGCCAAGUACCCCGACAUGCAAAUCAUCGCCUCUUCAGCCAGCAGUGACCCAGGCGAUGACAAGGGUGAGCCACUCGACUACCCUGAGGACGCAAUCGGCGAUUACCACCCUUACCGCCAGCCCGACGAACUCGUGGAGGAGUUCGACCGCUUCGACAACGACAUCGGCCACAUCAUCGGUGAAGUCGCCGCCACGCACGUCAACGGAGGAGAGGAGCCCCGUUGGGACGGUCCACUGUACAUUUACCCAUGGUGGAUCGGUGCCGUUGGUGAAGCCGUCUCACUGAUCGGCUACGAGCGUAACUCGGACCGUAUCCCAGGAACGUUCUACGCACCAGUACUCAAGAACGAGAACAGGUUCCAGUGGGCCAUUACGCUUAUCCAGUUCGCCGCCGACCCCAAGAUGACUACAAAGGCGGUUACCUGGUACUGCUGGUCACUAUUUGCCCACCACCCUAUCUCGCACACUCUGCCUACGUCUUCCAACAGCUCUUAUGGCCCCGUCUACUGGGGUGCUGGCAAGGACGAGAACAGAGACGGCGCAAUGGUCUGGAAGGGCGCAGCAUACAACACGACUGAUGGAGAGCCUGUGCCUGUUUCGGUGCACUUCGAGGGGGUAACCGCCGGCACCAAGGCGAAGCUGACCGUGUUGACCAAUAAGGUGGCUGACCCUUACAUGUACAACGACCCGCAGACCGGCAUCAACAUUGUGAAUGUGACGGAUAGCAUCCUCGAGGCUGGUGCUGGAGGUGCCUUCCAAUUCAGCUUGCCGCAAUUGAGCGUUGCUGUUCUGGAUACAGAUGUCACCGCUGCUGGACCAUAG